GAAGCUUCGCGCGCGCCAGCGGCCCUGUAACCGUCGCUCAGGGUGGUGGUUUACCGUAGCUCGUCGACGGUCCGGUGCGCUCGGCCCGGCUGUGUCGCAGAGGCGAUUCCUGCCAGGCCAGGUGGGGGCGGCAGCCCAGGAUUCUUUUGGAAAAUGCCAAACAGAAGAUUUGCGGUUGGUGAGGUGGUGAUGGGUCGUUGGCCAGGAAGUGUCCUCUAUUAUGAAGUACAAAUAACUAGCUAUAAUGACCUCACUCACUUUUACACUGUUCAGUACAAAGAUGGAACUGAGCUUGAGUUGAGGGAAAGCGAUAUAAGGUCUGUGUCAUCAUUUAAACCUCGAAAAAGCAAUUCUUCCUCAAGUUCUCCUUCCAGACGCAGUGGUAGCAGAUCCAGAUCUCGUUCUCCUGGUCGAUCAGCAAAAGGCAAACGUCGUUCUUCCUCCCAAAGCAGAGAAUCUAGAGAUGAGAAAAAGAAAACCGUUCGGGAAACUAACUUAACUCUUCUGAAACUGAAUGAGAACAAUACUAGCAGGUACAAUGGUGAACCUGAUAGUACAGAAAGGAAUGACACUUCCUACAAAAUAUUACAGCAGAAAGUUGAAUCGGAGCUAGAAAUUCGGCAUGUGCUUGACCAGUAUACCUUACAUCCAAGAAGACAGAAGAAAAAGGAAGAAAUAUUUUUGGAACAGAGAGUUUUUGAGACAGCAAAAACUACUGAAAAAGUAUCAACACAAACAAAGGAGCUCGAGUUUGGUGGAAGAAUUGGGGCCUUUUGCAUGAUAUUUUUCCUGCCUGCCACUGUAUUUUAUCUGCUGUUGAAGUGCAAACAGGAAGACCCCAGUGUUAUGAACUUCCCUCCUUUGCCAGCAUUUGAUAGUUUAUGGGAGACCAGAGUGUUUGGUGUCUUUCUUCUGUGGUUCUUUCUUCAAGCUCUGUUUUCCUUACUGCCAGUUGGAAAGGUUGUAGAAGGAAUGCCACUUUUGAAUGGAAGAAGACUACAAUACAGAAUAAAUGGAUUUUAUGCUUUUGUCCUGACUGCUGCCGCUGUUGGAAAUUCUUUAUAUUUUGAAAUUGAGCUUCAUUAUUUAUAUGACCAUUUCCUGCAAUUUGCAGUCUCUGCUGCAAUUUUUUCUGUGUUGUUGAGCAUUUAUCUCUAUGCCCGGUCCCUGAAAGCACCUAAGGAAGAACUGUCUCCUGGUGGAAAUUCUGGGAACUUUGUUUAUGACUUGUUCAUUGGACGUGAAUUAAACCCUCGCAUUGGAAAUUUUGACCUCAAAUACUUCUGUGAGUUGCGUCCAGGCUUAAUUGGCUGGGUUGUUAUUAACUUGGCAAUGCUGUUGGCUGAGAUGAAGGUACAGGAUCGUAAUGAGCCAUCUUUGUCAAUGAUCCUGGUUAAUAGUUUCCAACUUCUGUAUGUGGUGGAUGCUCUUUGGAAUGAGGAAGCUAUCUUGACUACAAUGGACAUUACCCACGAUGGGUUUGGGUUCAUGCUAGCAUUUGGAGAUUUGGUAUGGAUUCCAUUCGUCUACAGUUUACAAGCCUUCUAUUUAGUCAAUCAUCCUAGUGAAAUUUCCUGGCCUAUUGCUUCUGCAAUUAUUAUUCUGAAUAUCUUUGGGUAUUACAUUUUCCGUGGUGCAAACUCACAGAAAAAUGCAUUUCGGAGGAAUCCAAACGAUCCCAAAUUGGCUCGUAAGUAUCUUUUGGCUAACUUAAUGUUCAAUUUUUUACUACUAUCCAUACAAUAUCUCUCAAUUAUGUACUCUUUACAUGCACAUUUUAAACGUUAUUUUAUAUGCUACUUUCUGUACGCAGACUUGAAAUGUAUUCCCACUGCAGCUGGAAAAAGUCUUCUAGUCACAGGCUGGUGGGGCUUGGUUCGUCAUCCUAACUAUCUAGGUGAUAUUAUCAUGGCUCUGGCUUGGUCCCUACCAUGUGGUUUUAAUCAUAUUUUGCCAUAUUUCUACAUGAUUUAUUUCACCUGCUUGCUUAUUCAUCGAGAAGCUCGUGAUGAACAUCAGUGUAAGAAAAAAUAUGGCCUGGCAUGGGAAAGAUACUGUCAACGUGUACCAUACCGUAUAUUUCCUUACAUCUACUAAGGUACUCCAGGAACUUGGGUUGCAAACUAAGUCUGCAGUUCUAGAUUCUUUGCAAAUAAAAACGUGCCCCAUACCUUUGCACUUGGUCUUUUUGUUUAAUUUUUAGGCUUUUCUUAAAGAUGUGAUCAAACGAUGUAGUGAACAAACAAAUAUGAUUAUUAGACAUAAUUUCUCCAAAUAUUUACCAGCUAGUCAUUUUAAGCUACACAGUGUGUUCAAUUAGAAUAAACCAGUUACCUUGUGAUGUAUGAAUAAGUAAAAGAUAAGCAAAUAGACAGUUCAUAUAACUCACAUACUUAACUGACUUUCAGUAUUACCCCUGAAAAAAUGUGCUCCCCUUCCCCCCCCCCCCCCCCAAACAAAAAACAACAACUGUAGGGUGUAAGGUUUUGGGGUUUACUACCCAAUCAAAAUUGUAAGGUUUUGUAAGUUUCUUUUUACUCAUGAUUACCCAAUUUUUCAAGUUAAACUUUAAUCUACUGAGUUUAUAUUUUUUAGAAAAAGUUCAUUUAAUUGAGCACUGUGAUGUGAUGUAUGUUUUUGUUAUAUUAAGGGAAUAAGAUUUCCAUCCAGCUCAUUUUUCUUCGAUCGCUUGCUGGUUCCCAGCGGUGAGGAGCUAAAAACCAUAGUCCUGCAUUCAGUGAUAAAUGGAAGGUAUUAUAAGGUGUGGUGUGUAGUACACACUCUGAAGUAAAAUAGCUAUAGUGUGUUUGCUCUGAAUUUUGUAAAAUAGCUCUUAAUGUACCAUAGGAUCCAUUGACUGUAUUAUAAAACCUUCACGUUUUUGCUGUACAGUGUUUGAGAAUGUGAGAUACAAUAGCUUUUUUAGGAAUAGGGAGAAACUAAAACCAUUUCCAGUAUUUUUUUUAAAAAAAUGUUCUUAAGAAUUUUGUAAAGUAAUGUAUUGAUUGUCUCAAAAAUUAAUUGAAGUGUUCAUUUAAAUAUUGUUGACAAAUUUGCUAUGAAAAUGUAGAAAAUAUAUUCAAUCCAAAGUUUGUGAAUCUGGCAUUACUACUACCUCAAAUGUAGGUUUUGCCUUUUAUACUGUUGCAAAUAGCUAAGUUUUUUCAAUAUUUCUAUUUAAAUCAAUUUUUAUGUGAAUCUUUGUCACAUUCUAAUAUAUUUUUGUAUAUAUUUGACUUUUUUUAACUAGCAUGUAUAUUUCUUAGCUGCUUCUGUCAGUUAUGUUCUUUAUAUCCCAAGAAUGGAAUUCUGUCCCACUGCAAAAGUUUAAUUUUUAUUUGAUUAACUAAGUGGGUAAUUUUUAAUAAGGCUGAGAGAGUGCUGAAGUAAUUUUGCAUUAAUGAACCUUGGGGAACUAGUUUUAUCCUGCUUGUCUUUCAGUUGGUAGCUUUUUCCAGAUACUAAAAUUUAGUUAGUCAUUGGUCUUGAAUUUUAAUUGCACUGUGGAGGGAAAUUAGGUACUCCAUAGUCAGGGUUUCUGUCAAACUACAAAUUUUAAAAAUGUUGAAUAGUUGGAUGUUUUAAAAAUAGUGAUAAUUGAAAAGCUAGUGUUUUGGGUUUGUUUUUUUUUAAAUGCACUGAGAGUCCUUUUAGUGAAUAUAGCAUAACUUGUUCAACAUGAUCAUGACAGCUUCAGCAGGUCCAUGUGGUUGCUGUUGGAAAGAGAAUAUUUUAACACCAAAUAUUUUGAUUCUUGGAAAAAACAUGUGGUUACAAGUACCACUCUUUUUAAUGAGGUUAAAAUUAUGCUACUGAAAAAUAAACUAGCAACCUUUCUACAGUCUGCAUGCUGUUCCUCAGAGACAUGGGUAUAUAUCAACUGCAAUUUGUUCUGUAUGCUCAUAUUUUUGAUGUAAAAUUUGAUUCUUAAGUAGAAUUUUAUACAAACAACCAACCUGUAAACUGAAAUAAAAUUGUUUUUAAAAGUG